GUUUUUAUUCAUCUUGGUUGUUCACAACUUGUGGGCUUUUCCUGGUUGAGUUAUACUGAAAUGCUUUGCUAAUAAGAGUCUCAUGAACGCCCAUUCAUGCACAGAGACCAACAGUCAAGAGCACUUUUACUGAAACCAUCCACAGAUUAUACACAAUGGCGAGAGACACACCCCAAAGCGGAUGAGGUUCUGGCAUCCUGAACAGCUCUGAGGAGGGACUUGUCACUGCAGCAAAUGCGUUCCGUUAAACCUCGAAACUUUAAUGUAUGUUUGGCUCCGAGAGGUUACCAUAGGACAAUAAAACGAAAAGAUUGGCUGUCGUUGCUGUUAAUCGUUCACAAAGUCUACAAACUCUCAAACAGCUGAUGACGCCGAAUCUUUUACCAGUGACUGGAAUUUGUUUUGGAAUUGUACCACGUGACCAGCAACAAGCGCAGUAGACAGAAAAACAUUGAAAGCCUUUCAAACACUUCUAAUUGUUCUUCUUAUCGCACAAGACCGCCGCACUAGGCCUAUGUCAGAGGAGCAAGGAAAAGAGUGUCCUUGUGAGAUGAGUCUCUCAGAGAAACAGAGUGUGCGAUCAGGCUCAUAUGUGUUCAGCUCUGUGUCUAUAAAGAGUGACCAAUCAAAAGGUGAACCACCGGCAUUCAGUGAGAAAAAAACAUCAUCUACCAAAAGCAUUCAGUACGAGACAUUAGGUUUAGGCAUCCAGACUCACAAGAACCAUUUCAAAGAAAACCUCCUGUGGAUCUUCCAGGAUCUUGAGAGUAAAGUGAUCAAGUUUCUGAAGGAUGAGCUAGAAACGUUUAAGAAAAUAUUACAAAAAGAGAACACACAAUACUUUGUGAAGGACUUUAAUGAGAAUAGAUGCAUUAUCAGUGAAGCAGCUCUUGAUCUCACACUCUACUUUCUUAGAAGUAUGAAGCAAGAUGAAGCUGCUGAUACUCUAGAAGAUGAGCUGUUCUUCAUUCAUCAGCUAAAAUGCAAUCUGAAGAAAAAGUAUCAAUGUGUGUUUGAAGGAAUUGCAAAGCAAGGUGACUCUAUACUUCUGAAUAACAUCUACACAGAUCUCUAUAUCACUCAGGGUUGUAGUGAACAGGUCAAUACUGAACAUGAGGUAAGACAGAUUGAGUCCUUUUCAAGGCAUAAUGAAUCACAUGAGAUACAAGUUGAAUGCAAAAAUUUAUUUGAAGCAACCGAACAAGACAAGGAGAUCAGAACUGUAAUGACAAAAGGAGUUGCUGGUAUUGGAAAAACCAUCUGUGUGCAAAAGUUUGUUCUGGAUUGGGCUGAAGAAAAAGAAAAUAAAAACAUCAGCUUCAUAUUUCCUCUUCCAUUCAGAGAGAUGAACUUAAAGGAGAAAGAAACACAAAGCUUGAUGGGUCUUCUAAAUGAGUUUUUCCCAGAGACAAAAGGACUGAACCUUACAAGAAAGAAUAAAUUUAAAGUUUUGUUCAUCCUUGAUGGACUGGAUGAAUGUCGUCUUCCUCUAAACUUUGACAGUAAUGAGACAUGGCAUGAUGUAUCAUCACCAGCUUCUCUAGAAGUUCUCCUAACGAACCUCAUCAAGGGAAAUCUGCUUCCUUCUGCUCUCAUCUGGAUCACCACCAGACCAGCAGCUGCCAGUAAGAUUCCUCCUGACUGUAUUGACCGGCUGACAGAGAUACGAGGAUUCAAUGAUGCACAAAAGGAAGAAUACUUCAAAAAAAGAUUAACAGAUGAAAAUCUGGCCAAAGAAAUCAUUGGUCACAUUAAACAAUCAAAGAGUCUCUUUAUCAUGUGUCACAUCCCAGUCUUCUGCUGGAUUUCAGCCACUGUUCUCCAGAAUAUUUUAGAGGAGAAAAGAAAGAAUGAUUUGAAAAACAAUCAAGCUGAUGGUGCCUCCAAAACACUACAGGAAUCAAAUACUGAAGACACUCCCAAGACCCUGACACAAAUGUACACACACUUUCUUCGCUUUCAAAUCCUGCAGAGCAGACGAAAGUAUGAUGGAAAAUACACUGCAGAUGUUUCCUGGGAUAAAGACGCCAUUCUUUCACUGGGGAAACUGGCAUUUGAUCAGCUGGAAAGAAACAAUGUGAUCUUCUAUGACACAGACCUGGAAGCCUGUGGUAUUGGCAUCUGUAAAGCAUCCGUGUAUUCAGGCAUGUGUACCCAGAUCUUUAAAAAGGAAACAGGUAUCAUUCUUGGUACCAUGUACUGCUUUGUUCACUUAAGCAUUCAAGAGUUUAUUGCAGCCCUUUAUGCACAUCUGUUUCUAGACAUCAACAAGAAAAUUGUGUUUGUUCAUGAGUCUACAGAACAGGAAAAUAAAGAUGAAACCAUGAUUGAUUUGCUUAAGACUGCAGUGGACAAAGCACUCGAGAGUGACAAUGGACACCUGGACCUUUUCCUUCGCUUCCUUCUUGGUUUGUUACUCCAAUCCAAUCGACAACUCUUACGAGGUCUGUUGACACAGCAAGGCAACAAUGACAAGAGCAAAAAGGAAAUAGUUCAUUACAUCAAGCAGAAAUUAGAAGAUAAUCCAUCUCUAGAGAGAUCCAUCAAUCUGUUCUACUGUCUGAAUGAACUGAACGAACAAACUCUGGUGAAAGAGAUUCAGAUCCACCUUAACAAAGGAAGUCUCUCAUCUGCUGACCUUUCUCCUGCCCAGUGGUCUGCUUUGGCCUUUGUGUUGUUGACAUCAGAUGAGGAGAUGGAGGAGUUCGAGCUUCAGAAAUUCAAGAAAUCAGAUGAGUGUCUCAUUAGAUUAUCAGCAAUCAUCAAAACAUCCAAAAGAGCUCUAUUAAAUGAAUGUAACUUAACAGAAAAAAGCUGUUCAGCACUGGCUGCAGUUCUUGGAUCAGAUACCAACCUGAAAGAACUCAACAUGAACAAUAAUAAUCUGCAUGAUUCAGGAGUGAAGCUACUCUGCACUGGACUGAAAAAUAUACAGUGUGAAUUGGAGAUAUUGAGGCUUUCAAACUGCGGUAUCACUGAAGAAGGUUAUAAAGCUCUGGCUUCAGCUCUGAGAUCCAACCCUUCACACCUGAUAGAGCUGGAUCUCACAGGAAAUGAUCCUGGACAAUCAGGAGUGAAGCAGCUUGAUGAUUUACUACAGGAUCCAAACUGUCAACUGAAGACACUGAGGUUUUUGGGUCCUGUUGCAGAGGAAGCCUGUCAGUAUGUGACUGGAAUUGUGGGUAAAAACUUGUUACUUUUGAGACAGCUGAAUCUAAGUGAAAGUGAAAUAGGAGACACACGAGUCAAUCAGAUUGCUGCUCUACUGCAGGAUAAACACUGUAAACUCAACACACUGACGUUAAGAUUCUGUUAUUUGACAGAUGAAGGUUGUUCAGCUCUCACUUCAGCACUGAAAUCAAACCCAUCACAACUGAGAGAGCUGGACCUGAGUGGAAAUCAACUAGGAGACUGUGGACUGAAAAACAUUUGUGAUCUACUGAUGAACCCACAAUGCAAUCUGGAAAAGCUAGAGCUGUGUGGAUGCAGUAUUAAAGAGAAACACUGUUACCUUCUGAGUUCAGCUCUGCGUCUAAACCCAUCACAUCUGAGAGAGCUGGACCUCAGUGGGAAUGAACUAAAAAACACAAGAGUGAAGCACUUAUGUGACGCACUGAAGGAUGCACACUGUAAACUGGAGAGACUGAGGUUAAGGUACUGUGAUAUGACACAUGAGUGUUGUUCUGCUCUGACUUCAGCUCUGAAAUCAAACCCGUCACACCUGAGAGAGCUGAACCUGAGUGGGAACAAACUAGGAGACUCUGGAGUUGAAAACCUCGGUGAUCUACUGAUGAACCCACAAUGCAAUGUGGAAAUACUAGAUCUGUGUGAAUGCAGUAUUACAGAGGAACAGUGUCUCACCCUGAGUUCAGUUCUGAAAUCAACACACCUGAGAGAGCUGGACCUCAGUGGGAAUAAAAUGAAAAACACAGGAGUAAAUCACUUAUGUGACGUACUGAAGGAUUCACACUUUAAACUGGAGAGAUUGAGGUUCAGAGGCUGUGAUUUGACAGAUGAUGGCUGUUCUGCUUUGACUUCAGCUCUGAAAUCAAACCCAUCAGACUUGAGAGAGCUGGACCUGUGCGGAAAUCAACUAGGAGAAUCAGGAGUGAAAAACCUCAGGGAUCUACUGAUGAACCCAGAAUGCAAUCUGGAAAUACUAGCUCUGUGUGGAUGCAGUAUUACAGAGAAACAGUGUCUCACCCUGAUUCUAGGUCUGUGUUCAAACGCAUCACACAUGAGAGAGCUCGAUUUGAGUGGGAAUGAACUAAAAAACACAGGAGUGAAGCACUUAUGUUACUUACUGAAGGAUUCACACUGUAAACUGGAGAGACUGAGUCUAAAUGACUGUGCCAUUACAGAUGUUGCUUGUUUGGCUCAGUCUUUGGCUGAAACAAAAGCACUACCGUUUUUAAAAGAGCUUGAUCUGAGUAACAAUAACAUUGGAAACUCAAAGAAGCAGCUCAGUGACGUGCUACGAGACUCCAACUGUAAACUGAGCCUAGAGAGAGAGCACUGGUUUAGCUGGAGAGCUGGUGUGAAUCUCAUAAGUAGUUUUGGUGGAUGGAUUACAUCAUUAUCUAAAGCACGGGGACCUGUGAAAUCAGCAGUACAUGAUCAGUCAGCAUCAGGUGGAGCAGAGGAGGAAGAACAGCUUUAAUCAAUCAUUUAGUGCGUGGACAAACUGAUUUCUUUUGCCCUCAGAAAAGACAAAGUAAGGCUGAAUUUCCUAAUAAUCUGACCUCAAGAAUCUUCAUCCUGGAAUAAAUCAAUAACAGUCUCUGAAAUCAUUCAUCUGUAGAAGAGAUAACAAGGAAAGAACACAGGACACCAUCUGGCUCAAUCCUUUCUUAAUUUCUUUCUUGUCUUCUUCAGUGUUAUCCUUUUUAUUCGUAUAGGUAUAAUUAAACAUUUUAUUUUAA